AUGUUUGUGUGUUUUCAAAGGGCGGCAUUAAGGAUUGCAAAUCGGGAAGAAAAUCUAAAUUUUUUUGUUGAAAAUGGUGCAACGAUUGAAAUUCACAAAUUGAUACAAGCAAAAAGAGUCUCAUUGGCUCGUACUCGCCUGCCCCCCCUGCCACAAAAGCCCAAAUGUGCCGGAAUGUUAACAUUGUUACUCCAUGAAAACAGCUUGCGAGAAUUUCCAGGGCAAUUCUUUGAAUAUAUGCCUGGCCUUCAAGUUUUGUGGUUAAGGGAAACAGGAAUCAGUGGACUUCCUGAAUCCAUCUCCGGAUUAAGAAACCUCAGAGGGCUCUUUCUAGACAACUGUAGUUGUUUAGCAGUGCUUCCUCAUCAGAUAGGUGAUCUCCAGAGUCUCAAAAUCCUUGUUGUACGUCAUACUGGGAUCUCUUCUUUACCGAGUGAGAUUGGACGGUUGGGAAAUCUUAAAUGUUUGAGAGUUUCGUUCAAAGAAGAUGCCACAGUAGGAAACAAUUUUACUGUUAAUUCUGGCAACUUCAAUCAGAACGGCAUCGAAGAAAGGAUAAUUCCUAGAAAAAUUAUUGAAAAGCUUUCUAAACUAGAAGAGCUGAGUAUUGAUGUGAGCCCUAAUAGCAGAAGAUGGAAUGCCAAUGCUGAUGAAAUUGCAAGGGAAAUCACCAUAUUUAAAGGAUUGACACAUCUUCACUUCUACUUCCCUCAAAUGGAGUCUUUUGAACAUUUCAUUCAGAAUAGCAAAUCAUGGAAACCAAAUGGAGAAAAUGAGGAAUUUGAAGGCUUCAGAUCUUUCAACAUCUCUGUUGGUCAACAAGGAAAUAGUUCGGCAUCAGACUUUAAUGUCUUUGAAUGCUCAGCUGAAAAGCAUCUGAAGUUUUCUGCAGGAGAUGGAUUUCCUGGGGCUGUUUCUGAGGUACUUAAACAGGCGACUUCAUUCGAGCUGAUUGGUCACGUGACUGCUGGCAACUUAACGGAUGGCCUUCCUGAUGAUACAUUUGAAGAGCUGGAAGUUUGCAUUGUUGAGGAGUGUGAUGCGAUGACGAGCAUCGUAAAUGGAAAUACAAACACAACAGGAGUAGUAUUCCCAUGCCUGGAAAAGCUACAUAUAAAAAAGCUCCCAAACUUGGUGAGUAUCUGGGAGGGCACUGUAGCAUCUGAAAGCUUCAGUGCACUAUCGACUCUGACAUUAAAAGAAUGCCAAGGUAUAACGAAACUUUUCUCACUAGAGUUGGUCAGAAAGCUGUGUAAGCUACAAAAUCUUCAAGUUGAGGACUGUGCAAGGAUUGAAAAGAUUAUUGAAGCUGAAAGUAUAGUCGAAUCCACGGCCUUUCCCAGUCUGAAGAAUUUCCAACUAUGUAGCUUGACAAGCUUGUCUUCCAUUUGUGAUGCCUCGUUAGAAUGUCCCUCUUUGGAGAGAAUACUUAUCAAGACUUGUGAAGGGCUAACAACUUUGCCAAGAGUCCUGCAAAAAGCUCCCAAACUGAGAGAAAUUCAAUGCGCUGAAGAUUGGUGGCAUCAACAGGAAUGGCCAAGUAACGAAACUGAAAAGCAAUUCAGAACUUUUCACCGUCACUUCCGCUAA